CUGUUUGAGCCAAUCCAAGUUUUUGAUAAUUUCCAUAUCAUCAAUGCCUCACUUCCGUAGUCCCCGAUCGCAAAUUCUCCCAGCCAUGCUCAUCAUUCAAACCAGGGAUAUGGCAUAGCCACCUACCCUGACACAAAAGUGACACCUUCAACCCUUUUUUACGGUGGCAGCACGACAAAAGCCUUCACAGCAGCAGCAAUGUCUCUUUUGGUGGACGAUGAUGCCAACUUCUCCAAUGUCCAAUGGAAAACGCCAAUAGUCAAACUCAUUCCAGAUGACUUCAUGCUCUCUGACGAGUAUGCCACAGCUCACACCGCCAUUGAGGAUGCUCUCUCCCAUCGAUCUGGCUUGCCACGACAUGAUUACAGCUAUGGCGGAAAUUACGAUGGCCAGAGACCCUCGUUAAAAGGAGCAGUGAGAGCUUUGAGGCAUCUUCCUUUGACUGCAGAGCCGAGAACCAAGUUUCAGUAUUGUAACCAGAUGUAUGGCGUUGCUUCUCAUGUUAUUGAGACAUUGACGGGAAAGUGGCUUGGAGAUGUGCUGAAAGAAAAAAUUUGGGAACCGUUAGAUAUGAAAGCGACUUACUUCUCAACCUCUGAUGCUGAGAAAGCACCGGAACACCUUGCAGAAGGCUACGUCUACUACAAAGAUGAAUUUCAACCUGUCCGGGAGAUGGACCUCACUUGCAUCAGUGGAGCUGGCAGCAUUGUCUCCAAUGUUCUCGACUACUCCAAAUGGCUUAAAGCUCUGCUGAGCACAUCAGGGCCCAUCUCAAAAGCUGGACACAAAGCCCUGAGAAGUCCCCAUAUAUUCGAAGAGCGUAAAGAGGGGCCGACAGCUUUUACAGGCCCAAUAGCCUACGCCCUAGGCUGGUCAACCGGAGUAUAUCAUGGAUACGAAUUCUUCGAACAUAGCGGAGGCAUGAUCGCUUAUGGAACUGAUGUUAUUUUUUUCCCAGCGCUGAAUUACGGUCUUGUAGCUUUUGCAAAUACCGCGGUGACUUCAAACUGGGUAGAGCAGGCCCUUAUUUGGCAUCUUGUCGACGAACAUCUAAAUAUUCCCAAGAAGGAGAGAUAUGACUGGAACAAAAAAAACCAAGCUCGAAUGAAAAAGUCACACGACGAAUACGAAAAUAUGUGGAAAGAAGUCUAUCCAAACAUACCUAGUCCGGCACUGUCUACCACACUUCCGCUUCAGAACUACACAGGCACGUAUUUCCAUCCUGGAUACAACAAUAUCACACUGGAGCUCAAGAACGGGUCUCUUUAUACAUAUCGACAAGAUGCAACCUUGAAACUUGAGUUCAAUUUGGAACAUAUUUCUGGAGAUUAUUUCAUGGCUUAUGCAGAUUCUACUGAAGCACCUGGUUCUAUAUUCAAGGCAGCUGCUCCAGCUGAAUUCAAGGUCAGCCCUGACGGCAUAUCCAAAACCUUCGGUCUUGCUGCGGAGCCCGAGAUGGGGAAGGAUGGGAGGAUUUGGUUUGAGAGAACAUAGAAGGAAAAGUACUUAAAAGUCGUUGGAGAUGCUUG